AUUUUGUGCUGAAAUUUGGAAAGGUAAGGACGCAAAAUUUCAUACCGUCUAGAAAAAUAAUUUUUUUUUUUUUUAUUACUUUUAGAUUCACCAUGAAUUUUCAUUACGCUGGUUGUGCGUACGGGGGGUAUACAUUUUAUGGACCCCCGUACCCAUAUGUCGUUUACAGGGGCUCUGCUGCAGCCCCAGCCCCAGCUCCAGCCCCAGCCCCAGCUCCAGCCGCAGGCCCAGCCCCAGCUCCAGCCGCAGGCCCAGCCCCAGCCCCAACCGCAGGCCCAGUCCCAGCCCCAGCCCCAGCUCCGGCUCCGGCUCCAGCUCCGACUCCGACUGAUCAGGACCAAGAGCCGACUGUGGUGCCCCCCGAUGGCCGCAGCGAUACAGAGACGAUCGAAAGCGGCGAGGUUGAUGCACAACGUCCAGCAGCCGGUGGAGGUGGUGAUGAAGGGGGCGGCGGACGUAGUCUGCGCGGCCGUCGUCGUCGCAAACGUCCCAACUCC